AUGUCGUUCAUGGGAACAUCAUGCCCACUACCGUUCUUGAGUAGAGAUAACUACACCUCGGGAGGGGGAUACCUCGGAGGCCGCUUUUGCAGCGAUGAAUGUUGUUUACCUUGUCCUCUGACGGAGCUGAUUUACUCUGAUAACUUUCCUACCCAUGAACUAGUCGCCGGCUGGCUCAGCGUUGUCAGCUUAAUCGCCAGUGUAUUUCUGCUCUUGACUUUUGCGGUCCUAGCCCCUGAGAAGAGUCAUCGUCACUAUCUCAGUGUAGGCCUUACCAUCGCAAACGUCAUCCUACAGUUGGCCAUCAUCGUUCCACUAGGAGCGAAACCCUCCAUGUGCUACGAUGACAUUACACCUAACGACAUGUAUUCGGAUUUGCCGUGCGCCUUUUCUGGAGCCUUUCUCUUAUGGGGCGGCAUGGCAUGUGUCUGCUGGGUCCUGUCACGUUCGCUCUGGACCAACCUGAGAGUGUGCUGGAAUAUACCGGAUACUCGAGCCUUCCUAGUUGCUUCUCAAAUCUUCUGCUGGGGUGUCCCUACAAUACUUACUGCGGUCUGCAUGAAAUACACCGGUGUCUCAUACCGCCUGACGAUCAUUUGUCUACCCAAUGACAAACACACCUUCACAACAUAUUUCGGGUGGAUGAUUGCCUUUGCCAGUCUGGCUUUCGCUCUGCAGAUAAUAACCAGCUUCUACUGUCUUUACAUCUACCUGAUGAACUUGUGGAAGACCAGCUCGUCAUCAGCAUCGCGUAACACAGGCACUUCGAGCGAACUUCCUACCAGCGCAACCACCGCUAAGAGCACGUGGGACAAGCCUUGGAAGGCUAAUCGCCAACAGGCAUGGGCUCGAGUCCGCAGAAUAUUCAUUCUGCAAUGGCGUAACAUCUCGCUCUGUCUGUUCUCUAUUGCAGUUGUUGCUAUGCUUUCAGGUGUAUUUGUGGAUCUCAACACAUCUCUGGCAAGAGACAAGGCGCGUGGUUUCCGCGCAAAGGAAAUUGCAGGUUGGGCUGCUUGUCUUGUCAUCACUCAGGACAAGAAUAAGUGUCUGCCAUUGGCCAAACAGCUUGGAAUCACAGAGGCUGCUGUCUCGGCAAGUUUGAUAGUUUGUGCACUUACCGGCCUCAAUACUUUUGCAUUACUCAUGCGGUGGGGCACUUUAGUUGCAUGGUGGGAGUUGAUCCGCGGUAGCAGAAGGAGAAGAGACAGCGAAGACUUUCUCAACGCCGAGCCACGUCGCAUCACAUUUGAUCAACCUCUGGAGUCCGAAACGAACAAGAACGAUAUAUCGCCUCUUGACAGUCCAGCGUCAGAGUUCUUCCCCGGCCGAGGACCUGAAUCAAACCACCAUCGAUACAGCGACUCGCUUGGCGGUGGAUCCACGAUCCAACACAGAUUAGAUUCUGACGCAUCAGCACGUCAACAGGGGAGGGCCUCGAUGUUCAUCGAGCAUGCUGAUGAGUUUCAGGAGAAGCAGAUGUCGGAAAAGUCUCCACCCGGUAGAGCUUUGUAG